CCUUCUUUGGCUUACUUCCCCAUCAAAAUUCGGCUGCAAAAAUCUGCUCAAUCACUCAAUCAGCAUCACUACCAGCAGCCAGAGUGUGUGUGUGUGUUGUGCACAGGCAGCGCUCCAGUGGUUAGAGUGUGAUGAUAGCCUGUUUGAUAACAGGAGUUCCACACUAAUUCCAGCGCAGUUCGUACCGGCUCGGUUUUAGCCUGUUCCCACCCAAAGCCUCUAUUUUGACCAGCACAGCUGCUGCUAUGAGUGUCUUCUCCUACCUCACCUCCUCCUCCUCUUGCCCCCAAUUGUACCACUUACCCAGUUACCCCAGCAACACCACCAUAUCCAACGCCACCACUGCAGCCAACGCGAUCAACCAUGUGAUCCUGCGGCAUUACAACCACACCGGCCGCCUGCAGAACAGGACCAUCUCAAACUCACAGAAGCACAUCAGUGUGUCUGAGACCGUCUUCCUCUUCAUCAGUAUUUUCAUCAUUCUGGAGAAUCUCUUGGUGCUGGUGGCCGUCAUCUCCCGCAUCCGUCACAGCCAACGCUGGGUUUACGUCUGCAUUGCCAACAUCACCCUCAGUGACCUCAUCACCGGCGCUGCCUACCUGGUCAACAUCUGUAUGUCUGGCAGCCAGACGUUUCGCCUCACCCCUGCUCUGUGGCUCUUCAGGGAAGGGAUGCUGUUUGUGGCCCUGGCUGCAUCCAUAUUCAGUUUGUUGCUGAUUGCUGUGGAGCGUUACACCACCAUGAUAAAGCCACUGCCCCAGAAGUCAGCGAGGAAGACCUACUAUAGGAUCUACGGCUUGGUGGCACUCUGCUGGAUUUUGGCAAUGGUGAUUGGCUUUCUCCCCUUGUUGGGCUGGAACUGUGUGUGUAGCCUGGACCAAUGCUCCACCCUGCUCCCUCUCUACUCCAAGUACUACAUCGUUUUCUCUCUCAUCAUCUUCUUCCUCAUCCUCAUCGCUAUCGGCGGGCUCUAUGGUGCCAUCUACUGCCAUGUACAUAAAAGUGCACAGCUGGGCACCCAGCGCAGUCGCAAACGUUCUUGGGAUCUGCUUAAAACUGUCAUCACUAUAGUUGGAGUCUUCAUGCUGUGCUGGGGGCCACUGUUCAUGCUGUUACUGGUGGAUUCCUCCUGUAGCUCCCGCCAGUGUGCGCCUACUUUUGCAUCUGACAUUUGCAUCUCCCUGGCUGUCUUACACUCCGGCCUGAACCCCAUCAUCUACGCCCUGGGAAGCAGUGAUAUGAGGAAGGCUAUUGCUGAGCUUCUGCGCUGCUGCUGUCGGAAGACUGGCCUCUGUCACCCAGACUCAUUCACAUCCAAGGACACCAGCAGCACCUCGGAGAGCAGGAGGGACAGCCUGAGGAACAGUUUUAACAAGGUCAGGAAUCUGAGCGUGGCCUCCCCACCAUCAACUCCAAACAAGCCUCGCAGGGCACCCAAAAAAUAUAGGCUGAGCUCCACCACCAGCUGCCUGUCAGUUUCAAGCGGUUAAACCACAAUGUGUUCCCCUCCCAAGCAAACAAGACCUGUGUGCACUGAUACACAUCUAACCAUUUCCUCUGCGUUUCUGUUUUGAGUGUUCAGAGCAUUGCCUGCAGGUACUCGCACUGAUGACGAUAACACACUGUCAUGUAUCCUGUUAAAUAUAUGAAUUCAUCCUCACAAUUAUGAGCAGUUUUUUUUGCUUCCUUUUGCAAUUCAUUUGACACACUUUAUUGAUCUGUUGUUGCACUGUACCGUGCGUCAGCGCUGGAAAGUUGCCAUGGACACCAGACACCACAACUCUGGUCUACAAAUACAAAGAGCUUUGAAUUCCUCAUUACUGUGCUUACAGGAGUCAUCCAUGAUGUUCUAAAUGUAAAGCUUUUUCUACCCCAAUGAAUUCAUUUAAGGAGGAAGUGAUGACAUUUUUGUUUUUUUGCUACGGACAUAUCACAUAUUAGUAGCUCUAUUCCAAACUCCUUUGUCAGUCUACUGGACUUGUUGGUAAUACCCAGUCAAAGAUAGAAUGUAUUUUUGUAGACAUGAAGGCAGAUUACUUACAAGAAGUAUUAUCUACAUAAGAGUCAACAUUGGAAAUGUAAAAUGUGCAGAAUAGAAAAAUAUGUAUAAACUUGUAUUGCAUUGCAUUCUGUUGUAACAUUUUGUGUAAGAUGGAAGUUUUACUGUAUGAUGAAUAUAUAAAUAAAGUUUAUUUUGCUUAAUACAUAAGUGCAUGCUGUUACUACCUCUGUGUUCCUCUGGAGGGAGACACAUCAUCAAAGCCCUGACUUGCUCCUACGGAUGGAUCAGAUGAUUCAUAGUGCUGUAGAUGCUCCCACCCUGAAAAAUACACAUAACAGUAACCUCA